ACUUUCCGUACCGAGAUGCUCUCAGCGCUUGAGGAAGCGAGCGGUGCUGGACUCGGAGCGUCGCCUGGCGGUUUAUUGUCUGCAGCGGAACCGGGCUCGACCUCGCGCUAAAACACGCCAUGGCGUAUCAGCUGUACCGAAACACGACGCUCGGAAACAGCCUGCAGGAGAGUCUCGACGAGCUUAUACAGACUCAACAGAUUACCCCACAGUUAGCCCUCCAAGUUCUGCUACAGUUCGACAAAGCCAUCAACACCGCGCUGGCCAACCGAGUUCGCAAUAGAGUCAACUUUAAGGGAUCGCUGAACACGUACAGAUUUUGCGACAACGUGUGGACGUUUGUUUUAAAUGAUGUGGAGUUCCGGGAAGUCACUGAACUGGUGAAGGUGGACAAAGUGAAGAUCGUAGCCUGUGAUGGGAAAAACACCGGCUCUAAUGCAGCGGAGUGAGGAGGAGAGCGGACGGAUGGCGGGAGAGAAAAUGGAAACAGAGUGCCAUGCUGACUGAGGAAGACUAGGACGAAGGCCGGUCACACAGAGAGGACUGUGUACAUAUUAUUUAUUACAGGCGACAGCUCUCCGUCCUUCAUAAUAAUAACAACCAGCUCAGCACAAGGCUGCAGACAAGACGAAGCCUUGGACAUGACCUUUUUUAUGGAUUAUAUAUAUAUAUAUAAAAUAUAAUUUUUGUAGAAACAUCA